AUGUUGGUCUUCUGGGACCCCACCGACUUGGGCCUCGUGCAAGGCUUCUUCCACCACAUCAACACCGGCGACUCCAAGCCCGUCAAGAUGCAACCUUACCGCCAAAGUUUCGCGGAAAAGGCGGAGAUCGACAAGCAAGUGGGCCCCAUGGAAGCGUGCGGCGUUGUCCAGCCCAGCGCGAGCCCCUUCGCCGCCGCUGUGGUGCUCGCGCGAAAGAAGAACGGCAAAUGGCGAUUCUGCGUCGACUUCCGCGGUCUCAACAAAGUGACGGUUCCCGACAACUACCCCCUGCCGCGAAUCGACGCCAUCUUCGACCAGCUGGGCAACUCGCGCUACUUCACCAUGCUAGACGCGCAAUCCGGCUACUGGCAGAUACCCAUGGCGCCAGAGGACGUCCACAAGACAGCAUUCAUCACUCACCGCGGCUUGCGCGAGUUCGUCCGCAUGCCUUUCGGUCUAACCGGCGCGCCCGCGACCUACCAACGCGUCAUGGACAUCACGCUCAACGACGAAAUUCACGGACCCGACCCAGUGGCAACCCAGUACCUGGAGGACACGUGCGUUCACACCGAAGCCUGGGACCAGCACUUGGAAGCCUUGGACGCAAUCCUCACCAAGCUGGCCGCCAUCAACCUCAAGCUCUGCCCAACAAAAUGCUUGUUCGGCGCGAGCAUCUCGGACACAUUGUCCGCGAGAACCAGCUUUUGCCAGACCCUGAAAAGCGACUACAGCACCGACGGAAUCGGCGCCGCUCUCAGCCAGCUGGACGACGACGGAAAAGAGCAUCCAAUCGCGUUCGCCUACCGGUCGCUUCGUGGCGCCGAAGUCAACUACUCCACAACGGACGGCGAACUUUUGGCGAUGGUGUGGGCGAUCACCGUCAAGUUCCGGCCCUACCUUUAUGGCGGGCCCACCUUCACCUGUCGCGUGGACCACAAUUCGCUGAUCUACCUACAUCAGCAGCGGAACCUUACCGGGCGACUGGCACGCUGGCACAUGAAACUGAUGGAGUACAACUUCACAGUUGUACACCGCGCGGGGCGCAUUUGCAGCAACGUAGACCCGCUGAGCCGGCACCCACUCCACGACCCACCAGAGGAGGACUGGGACGACCUCCCCGCUUAUGCCAGCUUCCCAUCAGCCGACCUGCCAACCGGCGAAGCUCCCACCGUUCUCAACAUCACGCGCUCGCGCCAACGCGCGACCGCGCCCCCGCCGUUCGAGAGGCGCGAGUGUUUCAACUGCUCGCGACCCGGCCACUUCUCUCCGGUGUGCCCUACGCGCGCGCAACGGCUCAACACAGCGGCUUUGCCUGAAGUCAACAUGAUCCUGGCGGACGACUUGGCCCCCGACUGGAUGCCAUCAUUCGAGACGGCUUGCGCGGCACCACCUCUACCGGAAUGGGAACCUGACGUCAUCCCGCUCGACGUCUUCUCCACCUACCAACCCAACUUUGGCGGCGAACUGGUGGAAGCUGCUCCGACAGUCAACUACUGCGAGCCCAAUACCGACUGUGACCGAGCCCGGGACGUCUCGGAAUUGCAAGGGGACAGAGGUGUUCCCACCAUACGCUAUGAGGAUUGGGCCCGCCAGCACCCGUCCGUUCCGUACGACGAAAAGGAGCCCUCACCAGAGCCAGCAACGGUACUGAACGCAGCUGUGGCGAUUCCUUAUCGAUUGUGGGCCGCCCAGCACCCGGACUUCGCGCUUCAGAAGCAUGCAAAGGUGCCAGACGCGGCUCCAGACGCGGCCCCGCAGAAGGCAGCACCGGAAGGAGCGGAACAACCUCUACCAACGGAGCCAACAACGGACGUACUGAAGGCGCCAACAGCCGCAUCACCGGAGCCCUUGAGGGAGCCUACCGAGGCAACGGCGGAACAACCUGACCCAGACGAAGAAACGGAAGCAUGCUUAGCGCUAGCUGCACUCGCAGCAGACGAACAGCCUCAUCCUCAGCCUCAGCAUCAGCCUCUCUCGGCGCAGCCUCCGGAGACUAUAAACAUCGCGGAAAAGCGCAACCUAACGGAGACCGAAGGCGAUCAACCGGAGCUCCCGACUAAGCGCCUGGCGCUGGAGGACCGCACAGCGCUGGCCGUGACGUCAUCACCGGAGGCCGAACCGCCGAGCCCCGCUGAGCCGUCCCUCGCGCUGACGUCAGCAUCAUCCGAGCCAAUAGAACAAGAGCCUGACCUGAGGCUGGACGAAGUGAAGCUGCUGGACACUCAACUCGGCUGGAUAAUUUUCGAAAUAUGUCAAGCCCACGAGGAGGCGAAGAAGCUGCUGCCAGCACCCCCAGCCUUCCCCGACUUUCACGCGCUGACGGAAGCUAAAAUGGCGGAUUGGAGUCGAGCAGCACGGUUCCACCGCAACGGAGGGGACGACAGCUUGGUGCGAGCCGCUACCCUCAGCGAACGAGUGGCCCUCACUCUUGUUCAACAGGAUCCGAACCUGACGGCGGCCGACGUUCUCGAGCGAGUGAAGUCCACCGUUCAACAUCUUCGGCAGGGCCUGCAAAAGGAGAUCGAGCUUUCGAAGAACGUACGAGCGGAACCAACAGAAGCCGCGGUGGUCCCCCUGCCCACUCCGGAGUUGGACAACCCCCCACCGUUCGACUUGGCCAGCUUUCCAACUCCUGACCCGCUGGAGUACGUCAUCGGAGACCCUGACGUGGCAUACUACUUCAAAACUGGCUGCCUCCCCGCCUUCCACGGAGAGCCGGUCGAGAGGAGGAAAGACCUCCGACGCCAGAUCCGCGACCGGUCCAAGAUGUACCACAUGGCGGGCGAGCGGCUCUACUGGCUAGCUUCCCCGAAGGCGCACCCAAAUCAGCCACCACCUCCCAGCGUCAUCCGAAGGCCAGUGCUCACCAAACCGGAGGCCGACUCGGCGAUGUACCACCUGCACAACCAGAACGGUCACCCCAACGUGAAGCAGACACGCAAGCUUAUCGCCGACCGGUUCUACUGGAACGGGAUGAGCAAAGACAUCACCGACCACGUGGUCGCCUGCCCGCUGUGCUUGCUGGCAAACCAACCGACCACUGAGCGCUCCGACAAUGGAACUUUGGUUCCAACCGAGAGAGACCUCCCCCGGGAGAAGGUGGGACUGGACCUUCUGGGCCCCUUCCCGCCGACCAAGGAGGGUUACCGCUACGUGGCGCUACUGGAAGAUUACCACACGCACUACGUUCUGGGCGGCUUGCUGCGCUCAAACGACACCGACGAAGUCGCGGAAUACCUGCGGCGCGAGCUGUUCAGUCAUCACGGCUCACCAGCAGUCAUCACCAUGGACAACGCGCUCUCGGUGGGCACUGUCAAAAGUCUGUGCCAGGAGAAGGGCUCCUACAUCCAGCCGCUGCCAGCGUACUCACCCUGGAUCAACGGUCUGGCGGAAUCAGUGGUCAAGCACUUCAAGCGGGGACUGCGGAAGCUGCAAGCUCGCUAUGGCGACGACUGGCCCCGCUACUUCUACGACCUGCUGUUUGCGCACCGCAUCUGCGUCCGGGGCGCCACACUCUUCUCGGCGUUCCACAUGGUGUACGGACGCCAUCCGAUACUUCCGGUAGAGCGACUCUUCGCUCAACGCUACCGUACGAUGCUGAUCGCCACCGACGAGGAAGUGGAUGACGUCACCAGCCGCUGCCUGGAGGACAUCGUUA